GCUUCUAAUCACUACAAAGGAAUCUUCUUGCAAAGCAAAAAUAAAGGAAAGAAGAAAGAAAAAUACAAUUAGAGAAAAAAACAACAAACUGUUGUGAUCAUUUAAUCAUCUAUUCAAAGGUUUCCGAAGACUUCUUGUUGACUUCACCGGUGAUUAUGGAAUAAUUUCAUAGUGUGAACAGCAUCACUCCAUGAUUCUUGAUCCAAUAUAUCAGAGAGAAUAAAAUAUUCCCACUUUCCCAUCUAGAUUCUCUCAUUUUUCUUUGUCCAAUGAACCAAAAAACAAUCUUUAUUAGUUUACAGUCCCGAAAAAAGAGAAAGUUACUAGAAGACUCAACAAUCCUUUAAAUUCUUAAUCAGUUGUGACUUGCUGAAUAUAGCCAUGACCUUCAGAAAAGGAGUUCAUGUAGUCUUGAAAUGAGCAGUCAAGUUAUUUUACUGAGUUUUCUACUGUUGAUGCAAUUGCCGAUCAUAUUAUGCAUUGAGGAGGUCAUUGUUUCAGACGUUAUACAGUUGCAGUUUGGGAGAAGAUUUUUACGUGAUUUUGUCAUAGAAGAAACAAAAAGUUCUGUAUUUAGAACAAAAUAUAUGGCUAUGGGUGCACCGGGACUGUUGCUUAUGUGUUGCAGUUGUCUUUGCCCUUGUUUUCGAUCUAAAAGGAAAGAUACAGAUGAUGUUGUUCUUGUUAAGGAGUCAAAUUCAUUGCAUUCAGCUCCUUCUGUGGAAAUGAAUUCCGUACAUGGAAGGAUUCCUGGAAGUCCACUACGGGUCCCACCAAGUCCCGGUAGAUUUUCAAUGUCACCAAAACUCGAUAGGAUUGGAUCAGUUCAUUUGACCAUGAGUCAAGCUGCAAGAGCCACUCAAAAUUUCUCACCGUCACUGAAACUAGGUGAAGGGGGAUUUGGAACCGUCUAUAAAGCUCAACUACCGGAUGGUCAAAUUGUUGCAAUAAAAAGAGCAAGCAAGGAAAACUCUGAUGCUCUAAGAAGUGAAUUUAGAAGUGAGAUUGAGUUACUUGCUAAGAUUGAGCAUAGAAAUCUAGUAAAGUUGCUUGGUUAUGUUGAUAAAGGAAACGAGCGCCUUAUCAUUACAGAGUAUGUGCCUAAUGGUACACUUAGAGAACAUUUAGAUGGUAUCCACGGAAGUUGCUUAGAUUUUAGUCAACGGCUUGAGAUAUCCAUCGACAUUGCUCAUGGCUUAACUUACCUUCAUUUAUAUGCAGAAAAACAGAUAAUCCACCGAGAUGUGAAAUCAUCAAACAUUCUUCUGACGGCAACGAUGCGGGCCAAAGUGGCCGAUUUUGGUUUCGCACGGCUUGGGGAUACAGAGGCUGAUAAAACACAUAUAUUGACCAAAGUCAGGGGGACGGUCGGGUACCUAGACCCACAGUAUAUGAGAACAUUUCAACUCACCCCGAAAAGUGAUGUGUAUUCUUUUGGGGUUUUACUCAUAGAAAUUCUUACAGGACGUCGGCCUGUUGAAUCAAGGCGGUCACAAGAUGAGAAGGUCACGAUCAAAUGGGCCUUCGAGAAGUACAACAAAGGUGAAGCAAUGGAUUUGUUGGACCCUCUAAUGAAAGAAUCCGUGAACGAGAAGAUCUUCAAGAAGAUGUUGAAUCUGGCCUUUCAAUGUGCGGCCCCCACACGAGCUGAUCGGCCUGACAUGAAGUCGGUGGGAGAGCAGUUGUGGGCAAUUCGGAUGAAAUAUAUCAGAAAUGGAAGAAUAGAGUGAUCUGAAAAUCCUGAAUUUCAUGUAGCUUCAAUUUUAUUUUAAUGUUGACUUGUUUUGAUGGGUUAUGAGUUAUACAUGAAGGGAAUUUGGAAGCAACAUCUGUGGCAGAGUGCAGUGUACAAUGCGUGUGUUUUUUGCAUGGUGAGGGACUUGUUGCAUCAUCCGGUUCACAUAAAUAGUUCCUUGAUUUGGAAUGAAGGAUGAUUUGGGUUGUAUCUAUAGAAGUGCUGGGAUUAAGACAGAUUUUGGUCUUAAAAUGACAAGAAAUAUCUGUCAUGAUUGAAAUUGAAUGCAUUUCAUCUAUUUUAUUUGUUUCAAA